ACCCUGGCAGGGCGGCCGGCCCCGCUCACAGCCAUGGCUUUCAGGAAAUGCUGGAAAUGCUGAAAAUGCUUCGACGUGCGCCCAGCCCAGCCCUGUGCAAGCACUGGGAACCAGCCAAGCCCCAGCUGGGCGGCCUCGCCAUGGGAGGGGGCCAAGCCCGGCGCCCGGCUGCCCUGUGGAUUGGCUCCGAAUUGCUGGGCUGGGGGUUCUGCGCCCGCAGCCUCCCCCCUUCCCAACCCUUUUUCUGGGGCAGCCUUUGGGGGACAGAGGAGGACAUGGGUUAGGGACACGAAUGGGAGACCCACAGCCUGAGGUGGCUGCUGGAGUGGGAAAGAUGAUACCCCAACCCCAGUUCCUAAAAUCGUCUCCCGGGACCCCCACCAUCUCCUCCAUCCCACCAUUGCCCCCAGGAUACCUAGUGGUCCCUGCUCACCCUGAGCCCUGCCCGCAGCCCCUCUGUCCCCAGGGAAGGUCCCUGCCUGGGCGAGGGUACAUCCCUCACGGGCAGGCAGCUCCGUCCUGGUGGCACGUGGGCUUGGCAGCGGGGUGGCCCUGCACCCUCCGCACCCCGUCCCACCCCCGGACCAUGUAGGGCACCGGCUGCUCCUCGUCCAGAGCUUAUAGGAAGAGGAAAACCUCGUCCCCACGCAGAGGAGGAAACCCGACAGCCCAGAUGUGCACAGAGCAACAAAGCCGAUAGCAUUUUUAUUUUCUUUUUUUUUUUUUUUUCCCCCUCCUCUCUGCAAACAGAGGAGUUGCUUGAGCUGCAGCGGGCACAGCCCAACCCACGGCGCGGCGAGCGGCAAGGCCGGCGGGAGGCUGCGGCACAGCCCUGGCGCAGCCAUGGGGCAGAAGUGCAUGGAGAAGGUGUCCUCCUUCCUCUUCGAGUAUGAUACCCCCAGGAUGGUGCUGGUGAGGAACAAGAAGGUGGGACUGACCUUCCGGCUGAUCCAGCUCAUCGUCCUGGCAUACAUCAUCGGGUGGGUUUUCCUCUAUGAGAAGGGCUACCAGUCUCAGGACAGCAUCGUCAGCUCGGUCUCGGUGAAGCUGAAAGGCCUGACGCUGACCAACGAAAGUGUCAUGGGCCCUCACAUCUGGGAUGUGGUGGAUUAUGUUUUUCCACCCCAGGGGGACAACUCGUUUGUGGUGAUGACCAACUUCAUUGUCACCCCUGGACAGAAACAAGGCAACUGCCCGGAGCUGCCGGACGCGGGGCUCUGCACACGGGACAGUGACUGCAGCCAAGGGAAGUACAGCCGCCAGGGACAAGGGCUCAUGACAGGCAAGUGUGUGCAUUUCAAUAGCUCUGUGAAGACCUGCGAGAUCUUUGGCUGGUGCCCCGUUGAAGUUGAUGACCACAUUCCCAACCCUGCCCUGUUGUCAGAAGCAGAGAAGUUCACCUUGUUCAUCAAGAACAGCAUCACCUUCCCCAGGUUCAAGGUGUCCAGGCGCAACUUGGUGGAGAGUGUUACCAAACAGUACCUGAAGAAAUGCACCUAUCACAAAGUCACCGAUUCCUUAUGCCCCGUGUUUGACCUGGGCUACAUAGUGAAGGAAUCGGGUCAGAAUUUUACCUUCCUGGCUGUUAAGGGAGGAGUGGUGGGCAUCACCAUAGACUGGAACUGCGACCUCGACUGGCCCGUCCGGUACUGCAAACCCAUUUACCAGUUCCAUGGCCUUUACAAUGAUGACAGUAAUGUUUCACCGGGCUUCAACUUCAGAUACGCCAAAUACUACAAAGAAGAUGGGAUGGACAAGAGGACGCUCUACAAGGUGUUUGGAAUCCGGUUUGACAUUUUGGUGAAUGGCAAGGCAGGCAAAUUUGACAUCAUCCCGACCAUGACCACAAUCGGCUCUGGAAUUGGUAUUUUUGGAGUGGCCUCUGUCCUCUGCGACCUGCUCCUGCUGCAUUUUCUCCAAGGACGGGACUAUUACAAGCAGAAGAAAUUCAAAUAUGCAGAACAAGAGCCUUCGAAGUCACAUAAGAAGGAAAAGGAGCUGGACAACACACAGUGAGAGAAUCCACACUGACCAACAAACCUACACACUCUUCCUUCUCCUCCUCUCCUAAAACAUGGUCGUCAUCCCCUGUCACCACCCUGCGCCAGCCCCAAGGCCAGUGGGAGCAGCGUCCAACACCAGCUCAUGGGAACAUGCUGCCCUGCAGCCAGGGCAGGGGCCGGCUGGCCCGGCACCCUGCCUCUGGUGGGACACGCUUCAACACCACGGGUGGGUUACACUAGGGGACCCUCAGGGCCCUCCAGCAGCCCUGCUGCAGGCCACGGGGGUCUGCAGCCUUUGCAGGCACUUCUGAAGUGCUCCCGUUGCACCCUGCCCGGUGUGCUGGGGCUGUGCUGAGGCAUCCCGCACCCGAAGCCUUGGGGAGAGCAUCGCUGCCUCUCCUUCCCCGGCUGCACCCUUGGACAGCUGCAAAUUGAGGAGAGCAGGAGGGAAGGAGAGCUGGCAAGAACCAUACCCAGUCCCUCAGCAUGGGGUAAAACCGGUUAUUUUGUAAGGAUGUAUUUUAUUAAAAAAAAAAAUAAACCUUUAGUUUUUCUACUA